AUGGUUACUGGGUCGCACGUGCUGGAGGUGAAAGGAUACUCCGUAACCAAGGACCAGCUGGGCGUCGGCAAGCGCAUCUCUUCUGGUGUUUUCAGCGUCGACGGUCACAGCUUCAAGAUCAAAUGCGACCUCACCGUCUUCAAGGACGUCCGCACGGAGAUUCUCGCGCCGCCGCCACCACCGCCGAUUGACCUGCAACGGCAUCUUGGCAACCUUCUUGCUAGCAAGGUGGGAGGGACGUGGAGUUCGAGAUCGACGGCGAGGUAUUCACGGCGCAUCGCUACAUGCUCGCCGCACGGUCGUCCGUGCUCAUGGCGGAGCUGUUCGGUCCAAUGGAACCGAAGGCGACGGAUCUCGGUCACUUACGCAUCCCAAGACAUGGAGGCCAGGGUGUUCAGGUGCAUGCUCCACUUCAUGGAAAUCGAUGCGCCGGACAUAGCAGUGAUGGCUCAGCAUCUUCUCGUGGCGGCGGACCGGUACGACCUUCAGAGGCUGAAGUUGAUCUGCGAAGACAUGCUGCGCAGCUCCGUUGACGCCAGCCUUGCAGCGACGACACUGGUCCUGGCAGAGCAGCAUGCCUGCCAGGGGCUUAAGGCUGCGUGCUUUGAGUUCCUCAAGGCUCCUGGCAAUCUCAAGGCAGUCAUGGCGAUUGAUGGCUUCCAGCAUCUGAAGAGCAGUUGUCCGUCUCUUCUCGAGGAGCUGCUCGCAAAGGUUGCCCCAUGA